AUGACGGAAAGAAGCAUUGGACCUUUAAUCCCCAGAAAUAAGCACUUAUUCUAUGGAUCCGUAUUAUUGAUGAGUAUUGUUCACCCAACUAUCAUGGGAUACGAUUCCAUGAUGGUUGGUAGUAUUCUUAAUCUAGAUGCAUAUGUAAAUUAUUUCCACUUAACGGCUGCUACCACUGGACUCAAUACUGCUGCAGUAUGGCUUGGGCAAGUAAUUGCCACAUUGACAGUUAUUCUGUAUUUCAAUGACAAAUUUGGUAGAAGAAGUUCAGUUUGUAUAAGUAUUGCAAUCAGUUUGGUUGGGGUUGCAUUGCAAUCAGCAGCCCAAAACAUUGAGAUGUUUAUUAUCGGAAGAAUAGUUAUUGGUUUUGGAAUAUCUAUUGGUUUUGUCUCAUCUACCAUUUUGGUAAGUGAACUAGCCCCUCCAGACAAAAGAGGAUUUAUUCUUGGAUUGAGUUUUACAAGCUUUCUAGUAGGAAGUUUAAUUGCAGCAGGUGUCACAUAUGGAACAAGAAAUGCUCCUGGAGACUGGUGUUGGAGAAUCCCAUCAAUUAUUCAAGGGGCUCCAGAUAUUGUUGCUAUUAUUAACAUACUCUUUAUUUCAGAAUCACCAAGGUGGUUGAUUGCAAAGGAAAGAUUCAGCGAAGCUCGUGAAAUUAUUUCUAUCAUUAGUGAUGUUCCUAUUGAAGAUGCACAUGAAGAAUGUGAAAAGAUACAUGCCCAUAUUCAAACUGAGAAGACUGCUUUCCCUGGCAAUAAGUGGAAACAAAUGGUGAGCUCCAAGAGCAAUACAAGAAGAGUUAUUAUCUUGUUCACACAGGCCAUAGUUACUGAAAUGGCCGGUUCUUCAGUUGGAUCGUACUAUUUUUCAAUUAUAUUAACUCAAGCUGGGGUCAAAGAUUCGAAUGAUAGACUAAGAGUAAAUAUUGUGAUGAGUUCGUGGUCAUUGGUAAUUGCUCUUUCCGGAUGUCUAAUGUUUGACAGAAUUGGAAGAAAAAUGCAAUCGCUCAUUUCGUUAUCAGGUAUGAUCAUAUGCUUUAUAGUUUUAGGUGUUUUGGUUAAAGAAUAUGGCGAUGGUCAUAGCAAGAGCGGAAGUUACGCAGCUGUCGCCAUGAUGUUUUUAUUCACAGGAUUUUACUCAUUCACUUUCACUCCAUUGAACUCUUUGUACCCUCCAGAAUUGUUCCCCUACGUGUUGAGAAGUACAGGAGUUACACUCUUUAAUAUUUUCAACGGCUGCUGGGGACUUUUCGCAAGUUUCAUUUUACCCAUUGCAAUGAAUGGAAUUGGCUGGAAAUUUUACAUCAUUAAUGCUUGCUAUGACGUCAUAUUCCUUCCAAUAAUAAUGUUCUGUUGGAUUGAGACAAAGGGAAUUAAUUUGGAUACAAUUAGUGAAGUAUUGCACGGAAGAGGACCUGAAGAUGAAGAAAGCAUUGAAGAAAGUCACAGCCUAAUCAGACAAGGUUUUGUUGUUAAUACAAAGAAGUAA